GGUCGGUGGAGCUUGGGUGGCGGUGGUUCGUUCAACGUUCGAGUGUCAAGCUUAUAGUCAGGGUGGUGUCGUUUUACUUGAGACUAGUUUCUAGCGGUCGUGGGGCUUCGAAGUUUAUAUAUUUUGAUCUGUGUAAUGUUGACAUUAGUUAAGUUUCAACUAGUGAUUUACUAAAGAGAUCUUCUCAUCAUCGCUAUCUUCUGUUUCCGUGUUUUAUUAUGACGCGGCUGUGCAGCGUCCUAUCGGGAGGCGGGUGAGGCGAGCGAUGGGCGCCCUCGGUGCGGCAAGCGCCCUGCGGCGAUCGCACGCCGUCGCGCUCGUCGCCCUCGCGGCGCUCCUGCUGCUGCUCCUGGCGCGCUCGGCGCCUCCGCCCCCACCGCGACCGCGCCCCGCACCCGUCCCCGCACCGGUGUCCGUCCCUCUCGACUCCGCUCCGCCCGCGCCGCCCGCGUCCCGCACCGCCGCCAGCACGCGCACGGCGCGACCCGCCAACACGACGGCGCACAACGCCACAGCGCAGUCCGCCGUGCCCGCCGCCCCCGCGCCCGCGCCCACGCCCGCCCCUCGCCGCGACCCGCGCGUGGUGCUCACCCGCGACCUGUACGUGGCCGGCCACGAGCGGCCGCACCCCGAGCUGUGCCCGGCGCUGGGUGCGCACCUGCGCCUGCUGGUGCUGGUGACGUCGGCGCCGACGCACGCGGCGGCCCGGGACGCGGUGCGGCUGACGUGGGGCCACUACGCGGCGCGGCGCGACGUGUCGCUGGCCUUCGUGCUGGGGGCGCCGCCCGCCUCGCUGCGACCGGCGCUAGAGGCGGAGGACGCGCUGUACGGUGACCUCGUGGUGGGCCGGUCCGUGGACUCGUACUCCAACCUGACGCUGAAAACUCUGUCGAUGCUAGAGUGGGCGGACACGUACUGCCCGCGCGCGCCGCGCCUGCUGAAGACGGACGACGACAUGUUCAUCAACGUGCCGCGCCUGCUGCGCUUCGCGGCGGCACACGAGAACGCGACGCGCACGGUGUGGGGGAAGGUCGUCAAGAAGUCGCUGCCGAAGCGGACCACCAAGUCGAAGUACUACAUAUCGCCACUGCAGUUCCCGGGGAAGGUAUUCCCGGACUUCGCGACGGGUCCGGCCUACCUGCUGACUGCUGACGCGGUCCGGCCACUACUGGAGGCGGCGCCGGCGGAGCCCUACCUGCGCCUAGAGGAUGUGUUCGUGACGGGCGUGCUGGCGAGUAAGCUGCGGCUGCGGCGCCAGCACGCGCCGGAGUUCUACAACAAGAAGGUGGCGCUCCACCCGUGCGCGGUGCAGCGCGGGAUCGCCAUACACAUGGUACAGUACCACGAGCAGUUCGACCUCUGGCGCAAGCUACUGGACGGAAAGACCAAGUGCGCCAGCUAACCUGCUGAGCCACGCCGACACUGACGGUGCAGAAAGACUGGCUCGAGCGACGUCUGCCUGAGUCAGGUCGCCUGCCACUCGCCGGUCGACCCGACGGUGGCUCGAACGAAUACUUCUGAAGUCUGAAUAUUUUCGAUUUUAAUUUUGUAUAAGCCCAAUAUUUAAAAAAGAAAAUACGUAACGAGAUCUGAUUUUGUUGAACAAAAAAGUAUUUUGUAAAAUGUCCAGAAUAUUAUUUAGAGAACGAAUCUCGAUGAAUGUGUUGUAGUAAUAAUACGAAGAGAGGUGCAGAAGGAGGACGGCUAGUCAUUCGCCGCGUGACAUACAGUAUUGUCGUGUGCGACUAACGAUUACUCAAACUUUAUCCAUAUGAUAUUAUUUUUGUACCUUAUUAUUACAAAUUAUAUUUUUUAUAUUAAUUUCAUGUGUAAAUUUUACAUUGAAAUUUUGUAAACGUAAGCGAUAGACUCGCGACGCGAGUUGCGAUACAAAAGCGAUUGCCAUAAAUGUACCACUUGGACGACGUUGGCGACAUGGUGGACGGCAAUAGAACAACAUGUUCGCCGCAUAUCGCAAUUUUUGUUAGAAAAUUGCAACAAAUCUAGAAAUAUAUGUACCUUUAGUGUAAGUCCCCGGAGCCACGCGGACCAGGACCUCGUAAUGCUACGAGCAUUUUCUUCAAUUUUUUUCUCAUACGUAGUAAAAACAACAAUAUUAUAGUAAUUUUAGUUUAUAUUAAACUAUUAAAGCAUAUAUUUAACCGAAAUACAAUAAUAUAAAGUAAUAUUAUGAGAAAAAAAUAUAUAGAAAAUUGCCUUAGACUUCGGCCGCCGCGUCUCCGUCGCCACCUCGAGCCUCGCCCUGUCUACGUCUGUCUAAGAGAACUGCACAGCAACAGAGACAGUGAACUCUGUACUUUUCACUAGGUCGUCUGUCAACCGCACCGAGGGUGUGCAAACCAGCAGCUAGUGGGGUUUCUUGGAGCUGCUUUACCACCCAAUGGCAAACAGUAAGACAACAGACUACUGUGCGAUAGGUACAAUAGUGACGUCAGCAGACGGGCCGAGGCUCCUGGCGCCUUGCUCAUAGCGCGACUCUGUUCCCGCGCGAGUUCUUUUACAAACUAUAUAAUUAAUGACAUUGUAAAUACUAUUCGAUACUUUGUUUCUUUAUUUUUUUAUUCAUUUUCGAAAAGUGGGCGGCUGUGACACAAGAGGAGCAUCUCGCUCGCAUAGAAAAUAUUUUCUUUUUAUUGAUGAUUUAGUAUGAAUGUUGUAAAUGAGUACAAGAGUUGUUGUUCGUGUGUUGUGUGUAAGGGUAACCAUAACCAGAUAAUGCGCGAGCGAGAUGACAACGUAUCACGUAUAAAACGAUGCGUAUGUUGUACGAGAACAAAGCGAAAUGAACUAAUUUUAUUUAUUACAUCACAGUUUAUUUAUAAAAUAAUAAAAUACUAGAUGUUAUGCCCACAUUUAGCGGCGGGUGAGGCACCUAUUGUUCUUAUUGUAAUAGAUGUUCGCGCAUUGAGCGACUGCGUCUUCAGCUUUAUAUAAGGAUCGGCCACUACUCGGUCGUGUGCUGUGCCGAUAGGCUGAUCGCGUUCCCUCGCAAUCACAAUCAUGUUCAUUUUGACAUUCGAAAUGGACGCCCACAAUCAUAUUUAAAAUAAACUAUCGAACACAUACUAAUUUCUAUUUCAUCUUUAGUAGGCACCUCUACAAUCAGAAUUCCUUUCAAUUUGAACACGUUUAGGGUUGCGAGUUUACCUGACAGUUAUUAGCAUGUAUUUUUUUUUCUUUCAACCCAAUUUAAACAUAGUGAUAAACGAUAAAGCCUCAAAAAAUGAAACUUUUAUAGAUAAGUUGAUGUUUUUGAUAAGAUAACAAUAUUUUUUAAUGUUUUUCUUUAAUAAGUACAAAAUAUUGACAACUGCAGCAGCUUUUGAUGUUUUGUAUAAAUUGGAUUGAAAGAAAUUGGUGAGAUGUGCCGCGGCAGGACCCGCUGCCCAGCGGGUGCGAGCCCUCGCAACGCGACGUGCGCGAGGACGCAGACCGCGGGCGGGUGCUCGGUACGAGCUGGUAGACGAAUGUUCGUAAUCUCUUAGUGUAAUUUAACGACGUAAGCGGAUUUUAAAUGGCCCUAUAAUGAAUUGUACACAUUUAUAAAUUUUUGGCUCAGUUGUAAGAGUUGUAAAUAUUAUUCUGCGUAAAAAUAUACUCUUAUGUAAAGAAA